AUGUCUCCCACAGCGGGGAUGUGGGCUCCCGCGGCCUUGCGCAUGCUACGCAUGCACUUGGUUAGCAACACGAGAAUGGCGACCAAAAUGCUGCGUUCCAAGCUAGCAGCGGUUACGCGGCCUCUCAACGCCGAACUUCAACCCAUCGCCGUCCGCACCGGCAACGCCCGCCAGCCAGUCCAUCCUGCGGCAUGGCUGCGCCAGCAAAAGCGAUCCGGCGGCGCCAAAUGGUACUCGUCUUCUAACUUCAACGCUACCGUCCGCCGCUUCAUCAGCACCGGCGGCCACAGCGGUUCGAAGCCCGGCUUCCGCCUCGACCGCUCCAAGCUCCCGACCUCGACCAUCUCCCGCGCCGUCAAUCAAUUCACGGGCCGCGCUCCCUUUGCGUCGACUCUCCGCCCGAACCUCACCGGCGGCACUCUCGGUCGCACGGCAGGCGGCUAUGGCAUCCCGGGCGCUGGUCGCAUCGGCGGAGCUCGCCACUUUAGCCAUACCCCCGCCGCUCCGGCACAAGUCAUCCAGAACGUCAGCCAGGCGAUGCGCGCUUUCUGGCUCUCGGGCCACCGAGCCCAGUUCAGCGGCAUGGGCCCCAACGGCGAGAAGCAAUACCGCGCUAUUAGCGCCACACAAAGCGACGCGCGGAUGACGAUGGCCAAGGCGAUGAUGGUUCACCGCCCUAUGCCGGGUGCUUUUAUCGACUUCAAAAUCAGCCCCACCGUUACCGCGCUCAGCUCGCUCGGCGUGAUGAUGCCCUUCAUGAGCGUGGAGGAGCAGGUUGCCGCCGGCGCGACGCUUAACGCCGAGGGUUUCCUUGACGUCCUUUCCGUGGACUUUGCCCGCGCGCUCAAAGACUUAGCGGCCAUCAUGACAGACUUGAAGUCUCUAGCUGGGUUGGGGGAUCUUCCUAUCUUCUUGGAGAAGAGCAAUGUUUUGAGGGUACGGUUCCCCGGCAUGGACGCUGAGUCAGUCGAGCGGCUGUGCGACGAUGUUGGUGUCAAAAGGGGGGUGGUUGGCCAAGAUCCUGGCUUUGAUACCAACCCUGCCGUUGACGUCGCGCUGCGCUUCCCGUUCGCGCCGGAUGCCAAGGGCGAGGACACCAUCACCUCGCCCGGGGGCUCUCUCCGGUCGCACCGCUCCGGAACAUCGUCGCUCUCUUCCGGCGUCGAGGACGCGUUUAUCGUGGAGGAAUUCGAGGAGAACCCAUGGCGUGUUUCUUCGGGUUCGGAGCUCGAGGGCUAUGAAAGCAUGUCGCCGCCGAUCCUGAGCAGCUCGGGAGAGCAUUGUUCGGAGGAAUUUGAGGGGCUGGAGGGCGUGUACCGGUUUUUGGAGGAGUGCGAUAAUGCCAGGGGUCGUUUCCAGUGA